AUGAGUUCGAGCCCGAAAGAAAAUCAGGAUGUUGUCCCACAAGGCGACGGGGCUCAAUCGCCAGCCGACGAAAACAUGGACAUUCCUGGCGGAUACGAAUUCGAGGCGAGUACAUCUCAAAUCAUCGCGGGUCAAAGAGCAGGACCGAUGGCUUCCAAUUGCGAAUGGUUGAAGGUUGCCGUGAGUGGCAUCGCUUCAACUUUCGUGCCCAUUGCAAGCGCGUGUUCUACAGCCAGUCGUUGA